UCCAGCAAAAACUCCAACCAAUGGGGCGGUAUUAUACGUGCAAGCCUCGGUUUGCAUAUAAUUUCCCCUCCUAUCACUAAACUCAUCCUUCAUAUCUGGCCCACCAACCAAGGCCCCUACCAAAACGUUUGGGUUAGAGUCCUGACGUCCAUACCACAUAUCAUACCCCUGAGUACACCCUAUAAAAACCCUGCUGCUAUCAUCUCUGUACGAUGCACCCCUAUGGUGCACCUUCUGGGGAUAAACUUGCCCGUAUCCGACCAGGUAGCUGAGUCCCAUGGGAUUGGAGCCCAGAAUGCCACCUGUGACUGGACAAAGGAGAGGAUCUCAGCGGGUCCCACUGAGCCCGCGUGGCAGCUGAGCGAAAACUGCGGUGGAUACGUACUGCAUGUUGUUCCAUUGGCGGGUGUACAGGAGCCCACCCGGGGUGCGUCGCACGUUAGCGAAACUGUUCUUGUCCAGGCAAGCACAGAUGUAGUGUUCUGCUUUCGAGCGGUACUGCUUCAGGAUUUGCUUUUGUUGCUCGGCAAUGAUUUGGAGACCAGCAUAUUUGACGUCCCAGCUGAAUUCGGAGAUGGCCCAAGUGAUCCCACCGUAAGAAAUGGCAUUGUCAAUAGCAUAAUUCAAGUAAAAUGUAUAUUGUCGGUGGCCUUGUACAGCCACAGAGCUGCCCACAGCAACUCAUCCAUGUACCCGCUCACAGAGGAGUAA